GUUGCCAUGGACGUUGGAAAUGUGGAGGAAGAAAUUGCUGCCAUUUCCCCUCCAACAAUGGGGUCUAUGCAGAUUGCAGGCAGCAAUGGUUUUGGUCACAACAUAGAUUUCAUGUCCCAACCCUAUCUCAGAAACAGAUAUUCAGAAAUUGACAUUGAGGAUCAUUCUCCUUAUACCAAUAAAGAUCGUCCCCUACCCAUCUUUCUCAAGUUUCAAGAUGUUGAAUACAAGGUUAAAAACCGGAAUUCUUCUUCCGAGGUUAACCCCGUAAAGGCAGUAGUGUCAAAGGUAGGUUCACACCAUGACAAAUACAAGGAGAUCCUCAAGGGGAUAACAGGAAGCACUGCCCCUGCUGAAAUUCUUGCUUUAAUGGGUCCUUCUGGAAGUGGGAAAACUACACUUUUGAAGAUUUUGGGAGGAAGAUUGACAGAUAAUGUCAAAGGAAACAUUACUUACAAUGACAUCCCUCACAAUGCAGCUGUUAAGAGAAGGAUUGGAUUUGUCACACAAGAUGACAUACUAUUCCCGCAAUUGACAGUUGAAGAAACCUUGGUUUUUGCUGCAUUUCUUAGACUUCCAAGUACCAUGACCAAACAGGAAAAGUAUGCCAGGGUAGAGAUGAUUAUCAAGGAGCUGGGACUAGAAAGAUGUCGCCACACUAGGAUUGGAGGAGGGUUUGUCAGGGGAAUAUCAGGAGGAGAAAGGAAAAGAACAAGUAUUGGGUAUGAAAUUCUUGUUGAUCCUUCAUUGUUGUUGCUUGAUGAGCCUACUUCAGGGCUUGAUUCGACUUCAGCUAAUAAACUCCUUCAAAUUCUCCAAGGAGUUGCAAAGGUAACAUUAAAUGGAACACAUAUAAUUGGCUGGAAGGACUGUGAUCACAACGAUCCAUCAGCCCUCGAGCAGAAUGUUUCACAUGUUUGAUAAACUUCUUCUCAUAUCGGAAGGCUAUCCUGUGUACUUUGGAAAAGCAAGACAAUCCAUGGAGUAUUUUUCGUCUCUGAGCUUCAUACCAGAAAUU